AUGCAAUAUUAUUUGCGAAACACGAGCCCCGUUUGCGAGAAGCUGCGCGUUGACGAUCCAACUCGUCGAAAUUUUUUUAGGGGGAGACAUCACCAAAAAACACGGAUAAUGCAAUAUUAUUUGGAAAACACGGGCCUUCUUCGUGAGAAGUUUUGCAUUGACGAUCCAACUCGUCGAAAUGCUUUUGGGGGCGACAUCAUCAAAAAUCAAAGAGCAUGUCAUAUUAUCCUAGUGGAAAACACGGGCGCAGUUUGCGAGAAGCUGUGCAUUGACGUUCCAACUCGUCGCGAUGCUUUUGAGGGCGACAUCACCAAAAAACACAGAGCAUGUCAUAUCUUUUUGGAAAUAUGGGCCCAGUUUGCGAGAAGCUGCGCCUUGACGUUCGAACUCGUCAGAAUUAAUUUUUGCAGAUAUCACCAACAAACACUAAUAAUGCAAUAUUAUGUUAGUGGGAAACACGGGCCUUGUUUGCGAAACACUGCGCGUCGACGUUCGAGCUCAUCGCAAGAGUUUUUUGGGAGACAUCACCAAAAAAGGCAGAUAAUGCACUAUUAUGCCAGUGGGAAACGUGGUCCCUGUUUGCGAGAAGCUGCACCUCGCCGUUUGAGCUUGUCGCAAGUUUUUCGGGGGGGCAUCACCAAAAAGUACAGGCCAUGCAGUAUUAUCUGGGAAACACGGUCCCCAUUUUCGAGAGGUGGCGCGUCGAUAUUUGAGCUCGUCACAAGCUUUUUCGGGGAGACAUCACCAAAGAAUACAGGUCACACAAUAAUAUUUGGGAAACACGGGUCGUAUUUGCGAGAAGCGGCGCAUCGACAUUCGAGCUCGUCGCAAGCUUUUUCGGGGAGACUUCAGCAAAAAACACAGAUAAUGGGAUAUUAUUGUAGGUUCUUGCUCGAUUUUUAUAUUCUGGGGCUCAUAGGAACCAUCUAG